UCAUAAGCCAUGAACCUCAAAUAUACAUCCAUCUCUUUUGUGAUCACCAUGUUAUCCUACAUGGAUCCAUAAACGUGGUCUUGUACACGCAAACCUGACGUAAACCUAUUAACCAUGUGCAGAGUAUAAUGGAGUGAUCACUCCCUGUGGUGAUGGAUGGAUAUAUAUAUCAUGGAUGGAUCUGUGUAGUCAUACCCCAACACAAUACUCUCCACCCAAGCAACCUACCCAAGUUUUAGUUCAAACGGCAAUGGAUCGAUAGACAAAGUGGAGAACCAUCUGGCAAUCGGGGCCUAGUUUUACCUCUCUUGAAUGCUUGAAGAAGGAAAUAGAUUAGUUAGCUGCCAUUGCAAACAUCACAGCUUAUACAUGGAUGGUGAUGGAAGGGGGGCAUAGAUCAGAUUCCAUGGCUCUCCACAUGUCGCACUUGUUCCCCACUUUACAUGCAAAUUACUGUAGCAGGGCAUUGGAUCCCUCCCCUCCCCAUCCUUGUUCAACUACAGGCAGCAGUCGCCAGCCACCUCGACUGCCUUCCAAAAUACAAAAGGAUUGCAUGUAAGAUGCCUCACACGUCUUUAUAAUACCCAUGGAGCCAGUUCAACACCUUGAGAAUAGCACCAUGAUGCUGCCAUGCUAAUACUGCCUUCUUUUAUCUUUUUUAGCUAACAAAGUUAAAAGGCUAAGCUGUCUCUACAAACUCUACCAACAAUGGUGGGAAAUUGGAAAUGGAGCUCUUUAGAGAGCGAAUCAGCCUCCCUGUACACAUGAGUAAUUUGAACUGAAACAAACCUGCGAAGUAAAAUAUGUGUGUCACUGUCAUGGAGAGUCUUAUUAGGAUCCGUAUGAGUCCUUCUGAAGCCAUAUUACUACCAUUCUGGAGUCACCCUCCACCCACAGAUUAUAUGCACAUUUAGUUAUAUUCCUUCCAAGCCGCUCUUAGCUCUGGAGCAGCGACACUCGAUCUCUAUUAGUUAUUGGUGGGUAGGGCGAACGCAGCUCUGUAAGUACUAUUGGGAUGUCCGCCACUACACUGCCUCCCUGCAGCCCAAUGCGCACUAAUAGGGUAAAGCCCGAAACGCUCCUCGCGUGCAAGUGGUGUUGGGCCACGAUCCUUGUGCUUCCCAGCCACUGCCCACGACCUAACAAAAACGCGUUCUUGCACCACCCAUUUCCAUAUAAAACGCUGUGUGUAGCCCCUUCGUUCCCACCCCAUGCAUGGUUGCAAGCCUCAUUAAUUACUUCAAACAUGCUUCACUCCAUGGCAACUAGUAGAGUUCUUAGUCUUCAAGCAUUUGCACUGCUAUGGGUUGUGCCCCUUUGUUCUGCCUCUAGAGGCUUGCUUGCUGCAGAGGUUAAAGAUUAUGGUGCUGGCCAUGGCAUCGCUGGGAGCCUUGGUGGCCAAGGAGUUGGCUAUGGUGGGAGUGCUCAUGGAGGUAUGUAUGGUGGUGGCCCCUAUGGUGCAGGAGGAGAGCAGGAAACAAAUUACUACGGUGGAGAAGCGAGUGGCGGCAACACUGGGGGCAGUAAUGGAUAUGAUGGUUGGGGUCCUUGGGGAGAACAUGGUAUCGGUUUCAAUGGGGGAAGUCCUGGAGGAGAUGAUGGCUUUGGUGGAUAUGGUGCUCAUUGGGCUCCUGGAGGGGAUGCAGGUGGAGAGCAUUACAGUGGUGGCGAACAUGGUGGAAGCUACAAUGGUGGUCGUGGUGGUAGCGCCGGUGGCAGUGGAAGUUAUGAUGCAGGAGGGGCUUCCGGUGGAGGAUCUUGGACGGGAUACUGGUUCAGCUCCGGCAGCAAUGGAGGUGGAGGAGCUGGUGGCAGCGUGAGUUAUGGUGCCGGCGACGAGCAUAAUGGUGGAAGUGGUGGUAGUGCUUCUCAUGGUGGUGCAAAUGGCUAUGGCAACCUUGGGGGUGGUGGAGGAGAUCAUGAAGGCCAUCCUCCCUAAGGAGACCUGGCUUCGACGAGAAGUCUUAUCUUAGCUUAGUAAUGUUAUUGCCAAUGUAUUAAUUCCUCAAAAUUAUGGCUAGUAUGUAUGCCUACUGAUUGACUUAGUGUUGAUGCAGUAGUUCAUGUUGCUAUAUAUAAAACAUAUAUAGUUUGAAGUCUAGAGACGACUGAUGCUGUAACGAUGUAAUAUAUUUCUUUGGGGUAAUGGACUUUAUAAUAAAGAGUUUUAUGCAUGGUAUUUUACGUUCA